AUGCGACCAGCAGGAAAGGAUGACGAAAAGUAUCAUGACUGCUCUGCUGGUGAUGUGAUUUGUUCGUUUUGUUAUGAGUUUUCUCCGAAGGCAGAUGUACAUUUCUGCCCACGUAGUCGAAUGCGAAAUAGACUGGAAGCCACAGCAAUACCGACAUGCUUGAAACUUGGCUUUCUUGAACAGCGAGCAGUGUCCAUGAUGCAUUGCUAUGUGAGCAUACUGAUUGUCCGUGGCCAUCAAUCCGCAAUGAAAGGUCAGGUUGUGCAUUGUCAAGCUGAUAUCGUGGAAAAUAUAGGUGACCUGCUGCCAUUUCCAAAAUGUUAUGAAUUUAUGGCAGUCAUUCAACAAAAACCAACAGAUCAUAGAGGUGAAAUCAAAUCGACAGUGCGUUAUUCAGUUAGUGGUAUACAGAUUCUCAAUGCAUUACGAUAUCUUGUUCAAAACCACUCUGGAUAUAGAAAUAAACAAGUUCUUCCAUUAGACAAGAUUGAAGAAAUGUUCCAAUGCCGAGAAGAUCAAAUUGCUCCGAUUAGGAUUAUUGACUCUUACGCUUAUAAUAAUUGUACAAUGGCCGCACCUAUCAUUCUCGAUGCGAAUGACAAUUUUCCUGGACCGAGUCGGACCCUGAAACCGGCGGACGAGCCGGUUUGGAAAAUUCAACCUGCAAUCGGCAAAGCUAUUCGCGGUACAGCUGCUUACUGGCGUGUACCACGAAAAUUUUUACGUGCAAUGUAUGCGACGUUAGGAAAGCCGAAUAUAUUCUUGAGUAUCAAUCUCCAAGAUGAUGUGGAAUUCUUGACGCAUAUUGAUUCUGCUCGUUUCGGACAAAUCGAUCGUCCAAAUUACGAUGCUAUUGAUCAUCUUUCGGAUGAUGAAUAUCUACAAUUAGUAAAUGAAAACAGCGCAUUGGUAGCGCGAAUGUGUCAUCGACGCAUGCUUGCCUUUGAGAAGUUUAUCAGUGACAAAAAAUAUCCUUUUUUCAUAGAGUACGUUGUGACGAACUAUUUCUUCAAAGUUGAAUUCCAGCGAGGCGGUCUACCUCACCUUCACACACUGCUAUGGCUUGACAAUUUUCCUUCUGUUGAAACAGCAGAAGGGCGAAAACAGAUCAUUGAAUUCAUCGACAAAUUUCUCGAUACAUCAUUGCCUGAUCGACAUACAGAUCCAGUUGGUCACGCACUCGUACUAAGAAAUCAGUUUCAUCAUCAUACGUUCACGUGCUCAACGGGACCUUUAUAUGUUCGAAUACGGAGAGGACGAAAAUUUAAAGAUGAAGACCAAAGCAAAACUCUGAAUGCAAGUCGAAUCAAAGACGUCAAUAAAAAUUAUUUGCAUGAAAAUGAAAUUUACGAAGAAGUCGAUCCAGGAAAAGAUCCUGAUGUCUUGCAGUUGGCGAUUGACAGAAAAGAUUUCUUUGAAAGACUGGAUUGUCGGUUUGGAUCUCCGUGCGCUUUGGCCAAUGAAACCCAUUUCCGUACUCAUAAAGAAGCCCGUAUUCUCGUUAGGGGAGACCGAGACAUAAUUAUUAAACGAUUAACCGAAGAGUCGCGAAGAAUAAUUCCAUAUAACCUACACUUGUUGAAAACAUUUCGGUGUAAUCAUGAUAUCCAAGUUAUCACCGAUCCAUGGGCAUCUGCCGAAUUCUUGUUCUCGUAUGUGUCGAAAAAUGCUCAUAUGGAAAAAGACUUAGUCUCGCAAAUGUCCAACUGCACUUGUACUAGCGUGAAGGAAGCGAAAGCUGUGUUGUUGAAGACAGGCAACGCUGUACUAUCCCAUCGGCAAGUCGGUAAAGUGGAGGCAUCGUGGACGGUUCUGGGGAUCCCGCUAUAUCAUUCAUCAGUACGGUGCAAGAGUUUGUGCAUUUCGUUACCGUGGAAUGAGGAACGGUUACUUAAACGGGGCCGAACAGAGGUGAAUAGUAUAGAUGACCUCGUAGAAUCAUUGACGCAUCGUUACAUAAGACGACCAUCCACUCCAACGGCCCUCGAUCAAAUGACUUUGUUUGAAUUUCUUACUUGGUUUGACUAUGAUCGCUCAUCAUCGGUAAUAGAAGCACAAAUCUUGGCAACACCAUUGAUUGAAAAUACGCUACGGCGCACUGAUUUCAAUCAACCACCGCUCCUGAAAACAUCAACGUUACUACCUCGAAUCAUUUUAUCGUGUGGUACUGUGUUGAUACAACAUAAGGAGCCAACAUGUGUGAGCUUCACUUGUCGGUACAAUGAAUCGAUGUUAGCGAUGUAUUCCAUUCUGACUAUCGGAGUACCGUAUCGAGAUCCGAUUGAACAAUUCCUCGGUGAAAAUGAUAUGACAGCCAUUCAUGAAGUCCUGUUGAAAAAUCGAAACCAGUUGACUACUAGCUUUUCUAGACUACCCAGUGCAUAUAAAGUACAAAUGAUGAACGCAUUUGAACAUUUAUGCGAUUUGACAGCGCACGAUUUUGCGAUCAAACCACGAACGUCAUUGAUAUUUACCACAGAAGAUGACGAUGAGAUGUAUGAUGAAAUAAAACAAAGUGUGCAACCGGUUACUAUUGUUGUUGAUAAUAUCGAUGAAAAAGUAGAAUUGAAAGAAAUUGGUGACUGCCAGAGAACGAGAGAAGAGAAAUUAUCAGACAUUAUCCUUAACGAAUAUGGUAGAUUGGAUUCUCCGUGUACACGCACAAAUGAAUUGUUAGCAUCAGCGAAUACACAACAACGAUUCCUUGCGAACUUCUUCAGACAGUAUCUUUUUGCAUUAUUGCGAUAUGAAGAGAGCCGACAUCAAGACAAACAUGCGUCAAAGCCACUACCUUUCCAUAUCGUAGUCAAUGGCUUGGCUGGUUCUGGAAAGUCUUACGUCAUCUCCAUUAUCGAACAAAUGCUCACCGAUUUCUGUAUUAGUGAGUCGGCAAUGCGCAAUCGUCCACGAAAAAGGAAAGGUUUAUUGAAGAUGGCUCAUACCGGUAAAGCCGCAUUGAAUAUACUUGGAUAUACAAUCCAUUCAGCACUUGGAAUGCGUCCUGAUAAUACGUCGACGCCCAAUAAUGCUCCGUCGUUCAAAAUACACUCUCUUCGAAACCAACUCGGUGAUCUCAUUUUGAUCAUUAUCGAUGAAAUUUCGCUCGUUUCGCAUAAUCUCUUUCAUAAAGUGAACAAACGUCUGAACGAGAUCUUCGAACUUUCGAACAAAAGUGACGUCUACUUCGGCAACAUUCCGGUGUUGUUGUUCGGAGAUUUGGCUCAAUGCGAGCCAGUGGCUGCAAAACAGAUUUUCUGGCAUCCUGCCGGUGAAACUUUUUCGCUUUGGUCUGAUUUAUUCAGACCAAUCAAUUUCAACGUCAAUAUGAGACAAGACGAAGACCGAGAGUUUUUCGACAUUCUUUGUCGUAUUCGACUAGGGCAAUACAAUGAGGAAGAUGAAAACAAGAUAAAGAGUCGAAGCAUUCGAAAGGAAAACAACCCAGAACACUAUAAUGAGCGAUUGACCGAGUUGAACUCAGUCGAUUUCGCCAACGCUGUCUACGCCUAUAGUGUGCGAUCGAAAACAAACGAGAGAAAUGCGAUGAAAUUGAAAGAAACUGCUUCAAAAAUGAAAACAACAAUUUGGCUCAUUCAAGCAGUUGAUAAAGUUGGUAUGGCUCAAACAUCAUGUUUCGCUCCUGUGAAGUCUAUCAAAAAAGAAUGUAAGAUUGUAUUAAAACCGUCGAGUAAUGAAAAUGAAUGUGGAUCGAUGUUUGAACAACUUCCACUGUGCGUUGGUGCACGCGUUAUUUGUCGUCGGAAUAUCGAUUUUGACGGUACCAUGGUUAAUGGUACGGAAGCAACCAUCAGAGAUAUUGUCUGGAACGAUAAUGAUAAUAUCGUCUUACCAAUGAACAAUCGAUGUGUGUUUCCGACUCUAGACCGAUCAGUGAGAACAACGUUACCGAAUUAUGUUGAACUUACACUAGACAAUGGGUGUGUCUAUAAAAUGGUUCCAGAAGAAGUCAGCUUCAAAGAUAAAAAUGGAAUUUGGAUGACACGACGACAACUACCACUCACUCUCGGCUAUGCAAUAACGGUUCAUAGAACACAAUGCAUGACCUGUAACAAGUUAGUUGUAGAUCUCAAUGGCAUUAAUUGGAAACCUGGCAUGUUUUACACAAUCCUGAGUCGCACACGAAGGCUGAGCGACAUUAUCAUCUUGGAUUAUGAUCGUAAAUCUUUCAAAGCAUCGAAAACUGCAUUGUGUGAAAUGUCUCGACUUGAACAACUCGAGAAAGACUACCCGAUUCGAAUUGAGCAAUACUUGGGGAGUGAUAGAUACGUUGAGUGGUGUCUUCCACAUUCAUUUAAAGUUGAUGAAUCUUUAACUACGUCAUGUGGAGAUAGUAAUAAUGCAGUUGAAGAUUAUGAUGAGAGAAAACGAUGUAAAUAUGAUAGUACAAAUUUGUCGACAUCUGGAUUGAACAAAAAGCCGGAAGACAUAAUUGUUUGUGAAAGACAAGAAGCACUUUUUUGUGGACGCCAUGCUCUUCGUGCAUUGGCACAACGACUCGAUUUAUUCGAUGAUGGAUAUUUAAUGGAAGUUGCUCGAAAUCUAGUAGCUGAGGAAAAUAUCGUUCGACAUGAACAAACAGUCCGUUCAAACGAUUACUACUAUGAAGAUAGAGGACAAUAUGACAUACAGAUCUUGAAAGCUGCUCUGAUGAACACUUUUAAUAUUGAUCUCCUACAACUUCACACUUUAGAACCGAACGUAUCAUCUCCUCAUAAUGUUAUUCUCUCGCAUAUGCAAAAUGUUCAAGCUUUGCUGAUUCAACAAGAUUAUCAUUACUAUUGUUUGCGGCGUUUCCGACUAACGCCGAGUUACUUCUUCAAAAUCGAUUCGCAACAACCAGAGUACCAUCAGCGUAUUCAUUCAGUCAAUAUGACAGAUUAUCUCAAGAGGCUGAUCGAGUACAGAUGCAACGUUUAUGUUGUUGUACAGGAUUGCUCUGAUGGGUUGGAAUACGAACUUUCUGAAGAUAAUAUUCGAGCACGAUUGUGGGCUUUUCCGGAUGCAGCAGCUGAUUGCGAAUGUCUACUUGUUUGUGAUGAAAUGGAAUAA